GAGGGCUUAGCGCAGGGCUGGGGCUCCGCUAUAAAUCCGGGCGAGGGGCUGAGCCAGCACAGAGCUCUGCUUCGCUGCUGCACCGCUGUGCCCCACGCCGGGACGCCGUGCUCGGCCCACCCUGCCCCUCGCAUCCUCGUCCACCCGGGUCCUCACCAUGCCGGAGUGCUGGGAUGGGGAACAUGACAUCGAGACCCCCUAUGGGCUGCUGCAUGUGGUCAUCCGGGGCUCGCCCAAGGGGAAUCGCCUGGCCAUCCUGACGUACCAUGAUGUGGGCCUCAACCACAAGCUUUGCUUCAACACCUUCUUCAACUACGAAGAUAUGCAGGAGAUCACGAAGCACUUUGUGGUGUGCCACGUGGACGCGCCGGGCCAGCAGGCAGGAGCCUCGCAGUUCCCGCAGGGGUACCAGUACCCAUCCAUGGACCAGCUGGCCGCCAUGUUACCCAGCGUGGUGCAGCAUUUCGGGUUCAAGUACGUGAUUGGGAUCGGUGUAGGGGCAGGAGCCUACGUGCUGGCCAAGUUUGCGCUCAUCUUCCCUGACCUGGUCGAAGGACUGGUCCUCAUGAACAUCGACCCCAACGGCAAAGGCUGGAUUGACUGGGCAGCUGCCAAGGUGGGGGGUGUCUUCGCAGCACCUGGCAGCACGUGCCCUGAUCUCCGUCCCGUGCCAGCACAGGAGGAGCUGGUGAACAACACGGAGCUGGUGCAGAGUUACCGACAGCAGAUUGGCAGUGUGGUGAACCAGUUCAACCUCCAGCUCUUCCUCAACAUGUACAACAGCCGCAGGGACCUGGACAUCAACCGGCCUGGGACUGUGCCCAAUGCCAAGACGCUGCGCUGCCCUGUGAUGCUGGUGAUCGGAGACACCGCGCCUGCUGAAGAGGGGGUGGUGGAGUGCAACUCCAAGCUGGAUCCCACCAACACCACCUUCCUGAAGAUGGCUGACUCCGGUGGGCUGCCCCAGGUUACACAGCCCGGCAAGCUGACCGAAGCCUUCAAGUACUUCCUGCAAGGCAUGGGCUACAUGCCAUCCGCCAGCAUGACCCGCCUGGCACGCUCCCGCACGGCCUCCCUCACCAGCGCCAGCUCGGUGGAUGGCACCCGCCCGCGUGCCUGCACCCACUCGGAGAGCAGCGAGGCCAUGGGGCAGAUCAACCACACCAUGGAGGUAUCGUGCUGAGGUCCAUGCCCGCCACCGACAUCUCCUCCAGAGCCAUCUCCCAUCCGUCAGCAUCCCGCCAGCACCCACCCGCCCCGUGGAUGUCCUCCAUCAGGGCCCUCGCU